CAUAUCUAUAUGUCAGACUGAACAACACUAAUUGAUUGAUUUCUUUCGCAAAAAUUGCGAUAAACAAAAAAUUUAAAAUAUCGAAUGGUCGACAGAUGUAUUGUUGUCAAUUAUGAGUCGUUCGAAUCAACUUCCGAAUCUCGAUAAAUUAUUCCGAGAUGACGACGAACCGGAAUUCACACCUCAGGGUGGUUCCAACUUGGCCGCAAUAUUCGGCACCCCCCAGCGCCUGGAGCUCGCGUCCUCCCAGAAGAGGACGCCCCCCAAGCCGAAGCCCCCCGCGCCCUCCCCCUCGGCCCCCCCAAAGACCGAGGUGAUCCUCGCUAAAGUUGUCCACGCGUACAAGCUCCAAUCCGGGCAGUACUCCCUGAUCGGCAAGCUGGGGAUCGCCCUCGCGGGCACCCCCUCGAGCCAGACCUACCUCCUCAUCCUCUACAAAACCAAACAAGAACACAUCUCCGUCGUGACCUUGACCCCAGACUUCCCCUACUCCGUCCGGGAGAACAGCUACGCGAGCUACUACGACUCCGCCAACGACAACUGGUCGAUCCUCUUCGACACCUCCGACUCCUCGAUCGAAUUUGCGCGGGAGAUUGGCGUCGCCAAGUACUUCCUGCAGCCGGGAAGACCGGCGGACUCGGUCUUCUCGCAGGACUUGGCGCCCCCGAGAGCCGAUAAAGACGGCGAAAUAAAAAAAGCCGAGGAGAAUGACGAGGUGGAGGUGGAGUACUCCAUAAUUCCGCGGGUCACGCAGCCCCUGAAGCUGCCGAUUCCCCCGAAACAGAGCAUGAAAAUCCGAAUAACCACCGACGAAACCUGGGAGAAAUCCCUGGUGGGGGUCCUCCCAAACGUCAAACGCCUCCUGAUCCUCCCCCCGAGCAAGCAAAUAAGCCUGGGGCCCGGGUAUCCCCGGGAGCACGACAUCGCGAUGGAGGUGGAGAUCGUCGACAUCCUAAAACCGGAAGUGAAGAUGCCCUCCCCCAAGCCGACGCCCGCCGGAAAGGCCUCGUUGAUAUCAAGAAUGGCGAAGAUGGGGCAGUCGAUGCUGCCGAAGAUGCCGACCUCGACGACCGACUCGGAGGACACCGAGGAGGAAGUCCAGGUGAAGCCCAGACGGCCGAGAGGUCACGUGGAGCCCCCCCACGUGAAGAGUGUCGCCCCGAGUCCAGUUCAAACCCCGGAGAGCAGAAAUUCUGGGAGUGUGGUGCCGGCUUUCGCCCAGUCCUGGACACCGCUCCAGCAAUUCGUGUCGAAUGACGGGCACUUGUACUCGUACCAGACGCCGGUUCUUCCGCAAGCGCCCACCGACCCCAACGUCAACGUAUUCCUGUCGGAGACCAGGACUCAUAACGCGGAGAUUCGGAUGGGAAUGUCCAAACUAGCGGACAACGUCCAGAAGUUGCUGGACAAGUUCCAUGCACUGGAGCUGGAGAGGUGCACGUCUCCGAUGAAUGAGAGGUCGCUGGAGGGUUUGAAAGUCUUGAUGGGUCUGAGGGGGGAUGGCAGGCAGAACGAAUCGUCGGACGAUAAGUCGUCCCCAGGGACGAGAGAGUCUCUGUCUGAAUGCCUGAGGAAGUUGGAGAGGAGCGAGAGGGAGAGGAGGGAGAUCGAGAGGGAGAAACUCGAUCUUCGGGAGAGGGUCCAGAGGCUUGAGGGGUGUCUGUUGGAGAGUCAGUCGGCCCUUCAGAGAUCGCUGGGUGAUCUCAAAGAGGCGAAUGAUGCUGCUGCCAAGUAUCAGAAGGAGAACGCGGGAAUGGAGGCCAGGAUAGCGAGCAUCGAGGCGGAGAGGAAAUUCUUGGAGAAGAGUCUGGGGGGCCAGAGGAAGGAGGAUGGGGCACAGGUCAAGCAGAUCAUGAAUAGGACGUAUCAGGCGCUGGUGGGCAAGUUCACGGAGGACUCUUACAGCACUGGGUACAUCAAGAGUGUCCUGGGGGGCACCAUCAGGAGUAUCACUCUGCAGGUGUUGCAGGAGAGGAAGGGCGAGGUAAAUCAGUUACCCUGGCCAAUUCAUUUAUUUCACUUCUAGUAUUCAAAACCAUCUUUAUAAUGAUUUGGUAGUGAUUGGUAUAACAUUAGAAUUCGAAUAUCUUCAAAGGUACUAUGUACUCCUUUGAUGCAAAAACGUAUAAGUUGUGGGUUCUUGAGUGGAGUGUUGCUGUGGUCCUUUCUUAUUAUAUCCAUCAGGUUUUUUAAAAUUAAAUUUAAUGGAUAUAAGGUAUUCCUUCUUCAACUCCGUCGUACCUUCUUACGACAAUAAAUGAAAUUAAUUUCGUAUGGCAAUACCUUCAUUUUUUGAAGAAUUAAAAUUCUUUUCUUUCAAUGAGGUAACCAAGUUCUUAAAGGAACCAACAGAUUCCUGGUGAAGAGUUCAAUCCUCACCAACUCUUGGCGUUACCCAGGACUCACGACGAGGACGUAGUUGGUGGAGAGUCCCAAAAAGAAAAUAUAUAAAAAAUUUAUCAAUUACGUAUAUUCGAAUUUAAUCGAUGGCCUAUGCUAUUGGUGUACCAUUGUUUACCAAACGAUUUACAAUCACCCUCUGCUUUCAGAAUUUAUUAAUGUUAAUAUGUCCUUGCUAACUACCAUUUACAGAAGGGCGAGGGGGUGGGGUCUGAUGCGGAGAUGAAGGACUCGGAGGGGGAGUCGAAGGCCAGUUCGAGGGGGGAUGAGGGACUGAUGCUGCCUGACGUUGAUGGGUCCUCCGAUCGUGGGAUGGAUAUGACUUUGGCUUCACAUGAGGAACCACCGCCCAUUCCUCCAAUGGACCUUGACAUCGAGAACGACUGGCUGUCCUAAUUAUUCAAAUGAAUAAUUCUCCUCACAGUUGUUAAUUUCCUAGAAGAAUAAUUCCAAAAUAUGUUACGAUAAAAUUGAAAUAUGUUCUUACAAUAAAAUAUUUUUUAUAUUUAAAAAAUGGCUUUUUCUUUCCCGAAGGGAGGGCAGGAGGAGACUAUCGAAGUGAAUUUAAUGGAAUUGUGGCAUUUGCAAUAGCUCAAGCGUAAAUUUCACGCGAAA